AUGCCUCCUUUCCUCCCGCGCAAACGUCUGCGUUCUUCAUCCCCAGAGUCAGGCCCCUCAAAGCAGCAAAAUCUCAGAGGCAAAAAAAGUAAAUCAUUGAAACCCACUCCACGAAAAGCUACAUUAUUUGAUGAUCUCGAUGCUGGAGCCAAAACUCUUGAAGAUACUAAAGCUAUUCUACAGAAAAUCCAAGCUACGGAUGAUGAUGACGACGAGAGCUCAUUAUCGUCCCUUUCUGACGACGAAUUUGAGGAUGUCCCAAAUACGAACAGAGGCCCGCGAGAUGAUGCGACAGAUGAGGAGGACGAAGAUGUUGAAUUCGAGGAUGUCGAUACAAAUAUAAUAAAUAAACCAUCUGCGAACAUACCUACUGGUGAUCUCGAACUUACAUUAACAAAAGAUACGAGGAUAUCGCUCACAAAUACGCUGGGAUCGAAGAAGGGACCAAGCAAAAUUGAGAGGGGAAUUCGGAUGGCUACUCAUCAAAUUCAUGUGCAAAUGUUAAUGUGGCAUAAUGCGAUUAGAAAUUCUUGGCUUUGCGAUAAGGAGUUACAGCAGAUUCUAGUAGGACAAUUACCGGAAACAGUCUUAAGGGAGAUUGAAAAAUGGAGGAAGGAUAGUGGACUACAAAUCAAGGCAGAUGACACUCCAAAGUCGAAGGGAAAGGGAAAGGGCAAGGAUACAAAAGGGAAGAAGGUCGAUGUUAGGAGUCAAAGGGAUUGGGGGGAGCCCGCAGCAAAGCAGGAGGCUGGCGAGGUCAAUAUGAGUCGUGGGGAUCCUUUGUUUCGGCUUCUAAAAUUAUUGAUGAAUUACUGGAAGCAAAGGUUUAGGAUAAUCACGCCAGGGCUUCGAAAGGUCGGCUACAUGUCUCUCCAUAGGCUUGACCAGGAACACAAGAGCUUUCAAGAAGGUGAACACGAUGUUGAACGCCACGGAGAAAGAAUAGUAGAUAUACAUGAAUAUAGAAAAUGUGCCAAAUCUAUGGAAGGAAGCCGAGAUGUUGGCGCUCAAUUUUUCACAGCUUUAUUAAGAGGAAUCGGUAUUGAAUCAAGAAUGGUUGCUAGUCUUCAACCCGUAGGAUUUGGUUGGAACAAAAACGAAGAUGCAGGGGAGAGAAAGGAUAAAAAAAGAACAGAAGCUACACCGGCUGAUGAUACUUCGAAUUCUGAGAGUAGCGAAGAAGAAAAGCCUGUCCCGAAGCCUGCCUCAAAGCCGGCAAAGAAAGUAAAUGGAAAAGGAAGAGCCGCCUCGAUAACCAAGAAGCCUACGAAAUCUGCCACAACUAAUUCCGAACUUCUACAAAAAUUUGAACCCCGUGGUGCAAAGGCCGAUAAAGCCAAACAAGUCACUGCUUACAUUGUUGGACAUUCACAAGAUGACCUCAAAGCUGUUCAGCCCAAGAAAAAGGAAGUGAAGGAAGGAGAGGAAACUCUUCAAUCCUACAAGUCUUCUGCUGAAUUUGUACUGGAAAGACAUCUUAGACGAGAAGAAGCUAUCCUUGAUACAGCAAAACAUGUAAAAAUGUUCACUGUCAAAGCGAAAGGCGAUAAUCCUACAGAAGAAAAGGUCUUUCUUCGAAAAGACGUCGUCAGUUGUAAAAGCUUGGAGACAUGGCAUAAGGAAGGCCGAGCACCCAUGCCAGGUGCAAUACCACGAAAACGUGUUCCUUAUCGAGCAGCAACAACAAAUCGGAAGCGUGAGCUUGCUGAAGCAGAACUUGAAAGUGGAGAGAAAAUGUUACAAGGUCUUUAUAGCCGUGAUCAAACUGAUUGGAUUAUUCCUCCACCUAUUGAGAAUGGUGUCAUUCCGAAGAAUAGCUAUGGAAAUAUGGAUGUUUAUGUGCAGAGUAUGGUACCAGUGGGUGCGGUCCAUAUUCCGAGAAGAGGCACAAAGAGGAUUUGUACACGGCUAGGAAUUGAUUAUGCGGAAGCUGUUACUGGAUUUGAAUUUGGUGCUAGGAUGGCUAUACCAAUUAUUACUGGUGUUGUGGUGGCUGAGGAGAAUCUAGAGCUGGUCAUGGAAGAAUGGGAGAAAGAUGAAGCGGAGAGAGUUAGAAAAGAGGAUGAGAAGAAAACUAAAGCCGCUAUUAGUAUGUGGAGGAAGAUGAUAAUGGGACUUCGGAUUAUCGAAAGAAUGACAGAUGAAUAUGGAAGUCAUGGUGGACAUGAAGUAGACCUCGUCAAUCCGUUCAAUAAUAGAAAUAAGAAAGAAAAGGAAGUCGGCCGAGACUCUAAUUCGGAAGAGCAAGCGAUCGAGAUGCAACAACAGGAUGAAGAAAUGGCAGGCGGUUUUUUCCCUAAAGGGCACGAUGAAGAGGAGCCGGAUAUGCAUCAUUCGACUAGUUUCUUUCCAGUUGUUGCAUCGCAAGAAGACGCAGAUGAGGAUGAGGGAGGAGGAGGAUUUAUUGUUGAAGACGAGGAACGAGAGACAAGUAAUGAGACUAAUGAAACUUUAUCUGCCACAUCUCAAAGGUUUCAAUUCAUUGGAGACGAGAAUACCGACACAAACCCAACUUCCGAUGACGAAUCAGAAGAAGAAAUGAAAAAUAAGAAACCACAAGCCAUAUUACCUGCUCCAACUCCCCGCACUAGGGGAAGGCCAGCUGGUUCAACAAACAAAGCCCUUCCCAAAAUCAAGCCUUCGGACUCAAAUUCUAAACCAAGAACUCCCGCAAAACGCGCCGCUCCUGCACCAAAAGCUUCUGGUAAACGAAAACGUAUCCCAGACUCCGAAGACGAGGAUGAUGAUGAUUCUUCUUCUUCACUCUCUGAUAUUGGAAUGGAUGAUGAGGAAGAAGAUGAAGAUGUUGCGGCACCGCCCAAGAAAUCAUUAGCAAAGAAACGUGAACCAGUAGCUAAAAGGGGAGUUACUACACCGGCGGCUUCUACCCCGCCGGUGAGGAAAACUCCAAGAAGAAAUGCAAAGAGAGUUAGUGAGACGGGGACGAGAUCGCGUUAUUUCGAACAUGUAGGAGAUAGUGAAGAGGAUGAGGACGAUUGA